AUGUUGGAUCAAGAUGAAUUUACAGACAGCACAGACUGGCUUUCAACACCUUUGGCUGCGCUUGCACCACUCGACUCCUCCCUCCGAUGUCAAGUAUGCAAAGACUUCUUCACAACCCCCAUGAUCACCAGUUGCUCCCAUACAUUCUGCAGUCUGUGCAUACGACGGUACUUGUCUCAGGAAGGAAGAUGCCCCGCAUGUCGAGAAUCCGACCAAGAAAUCAAACUGCGCCGCAAUUGGGUGGUAGAAGAGUUGGUCGCCAACUUUAAUGUUUCCAGGAAGGGUCUCCUCGCCUUUGCAAAGAAUGCGGCCCAAAAACCAGGUGAAGAUAUUGAACCAGGAAGGCCCAAGAAGAGGCGGAAAGUGGCAGAAGUUACAAGUAAUGGCGUUGGGAUCGAGAGACGAAGUACGCGAAGCCAAAGCCGAAGGAUGGCUUCAGACGACGGUCAGCAGAGCCUUCCGUCCCCUCAAGAGGCCGCCCAUGACAGCGAAGACGAAGGUGGUGUAUAUGAGGAUCAGGAAACGGGGAGCUCGAAUUUUAUCAACGGCAAUUCAGAACCCAAUGAUGGCCUCGUGGAGUGUCCUUGUUGCCGCCGGCGAAUGAAAGAGACGCUCAUAAAUUCCCAUCUGGACAAAUGUAUAGUCGGGGAAAGCCACACGCCUCAGGACGAUUCGCCGUCUCCAGCUCCUCCCAAUCGACAGAUCGCUCCACCUGGGACAAUCGCGUACGCGCAGAAACCUCGAGCGAAACAAAGCGAACGCCUUCCCUUCAUCAACUAUUCACUCUUGAAUGAAACCGCUUUACGGAAGAAGCUGCGAGACCUGGGAAUACCGAACCAUGGACCCAAAGACCUCAUGCGCAGGCGGCACACGGAAUGGGUGAAUCUGUGGAAUGCCAACUGCGAUUCCACCAAUCCAGUGACAAAAAGGCAUCUCCUGCAAGACCUGAAGAUCUGGGAGGAUACUCUGGGGAGGCAAAUGGAUAAGGUAGCUACAUCGGGAUUUAUGGCCAAGGAUUUCGACCGCGAGUUACAUGUGAAGACUCAGAAGAGCAAUUUUGACGAUCUCAUCAAGCUAGCUAGACAGAAAAAGACUGUCGUAACAGACAAGGCUACCGUUUCGAUAGACGAAACACCAGCAGAGGGGCGGCCGUCGACACCGCCAAAUCCUAAUCCGGCGCCCUCACCACAACCGGGCGACACGAUCUUCCCAGAGGAUUCCACCACAACCGUCUCCCCCAUACCUAUACCACUACCGCAGUCCAGCGAGGCAGCCUCUUCCGACUCCAUGAACGACCCCCAACCACAAGAUCGUCUCGAACCUACCAAUCCGAUACCCAACAAUCCUUCUUCUGAAGGAAAAUUACCUCUGUCAGCCACCGAAAACGCUUUGGGCCAACCCGCAUCGCAACCUCCUUUUCAUCAUCAAACUGGAGACGCCUUGAACCCUUAUAUCUUGUAA